AUGGCUAAAAUGUGCAUAUACACAUAUAGGCAUCCUCGGGGAAAUAUAAACACAACGACUAGACGCAAAUGCGGCGAAGGUCAGGUGUACAACUCGUCAACAAGGGAGAAUUUAGACGGGAGACCAAGGCUAUUGAGAUACUGUAGGAUUCUUGUUGAGCCGAGGAACCAGAGUGCCCUGGUGAAUGAUCUUAAGGAGACUCACUCCUCAAACGAAGUGUUGUUUACUUUUAAGGGCACUUUUUAA